AUGUACUCUGGUCCAAAACAUCGAACCUAUGCCAAACAGCAUGAAAAGCAUAAUGACAAGUCCCUUCCCGAGCAUCCUGGUCUCCCCGGCCGAAUUCCACGCCGCCGUGAACUCACCCACAACCACCCGGCGGAUCAUCCCUGUAGCUGCCGGCCGGCGCGCAGUACACACCCCCGCCUACCAUGCCCAGCAUAUCCCCAACUCCAUGUAUGUCCUCACCUCAACCACCCAGCACCUUCACUUAGUAACAAGCACAGCUUCUUCGACAUGGAUCUCAUCAGAGAUACCACCUCGCCAUACCCCCAGAUGCUCCCCACGGCUUCACACUUCGCAUCCUGCGUAGCAGCCCUAGGGAUCACCAAGGAUGAUGUGCUAGUCAUCUACGACGCCGUAGACGUGGGGAUCUACAGCUCGCCGCGCGUCGCGUGGAUGUUCCGCUUCUUCGGCCACGAGGCCGUGCACGUCCUGAAUAAUUUCCGGGUGUACGUUAGCCAGGGCUACCCCGUUGCCAGCGGGGAGAUGCGGCCCCUCCCGUCUGUAUCUAAGUAUCCUGUUUCUCCGCUGGACAGCGACCGGGUGAUUUCGUUUGAGGAGUUGAGGGAGCUAGUUUUGGCUCGUGAGGAGGAAGUUCAGAUUGUGGAUUCGCGGAUAGCGGGGCGGUUUAGCGGGGAGGAGGACGAGGCGGUGGCUGGGUUGAGCUCGGGGCAUAUGCCGCGGGCGGUUAAUGUGCCGUUGGCGGCGAUGCUGGAGGACGAGUCCAGAACGUUUUUGCCGGUGGAGAAGCUGAAAGAGGUGUUUGAGAGGGCGGGAGUGGAUGGGCGGGCGCCGUUGGUGUUGACGUGCAAUUCGGGGGUGACGGCUGCGGCGCUGGAUUUGGCGCUGGGCGAGACGGGGUUUAGGAAUCCAAGGCGGAUCUACGAUGGGAGUUGGAUGGAGUGGGCGAGGAGGGUGGAUCGGCCGGAGUUGAUUGUUAAGGAUGUGCAUUGA